AGAAGAAGAUUUCCAUGUUAAAGAGUGCGGAGAAUAGUUGAACGCUCCGGACCUAAGAAGUCACAACUGUCGGAGCAUGUACACGAGAAUCGGACAGUUUCUCGCUUUAGUGAGGGGCCCAAGGCCACACAUGCACGAUGUCCUCGUCGAAAGAACCCCGCUGCGUCGUUUGCGACAGAAUCGCUGUGCUGAUGUGCAACUGCUAUGAGCGAUACUUCUGUACACGGGAGUGUCAGAAUGGAGACUGGGAGGUGGGCCACUUCAAAACUUGUAAAGUAGUAGUGGAGGGUGCUGGUGAAGGCUCACAAUCCAAAGCCUCGAUAGGAGCGAGAAGUCAGAGGGCUGCAGAUCAACACUAUCAAGUGCAACACUCGCGAGUUUUGUUAUCAGGCAGCCCGGGUGUCACCUCUAAUAGAAGUGACAUCAACGCUAUGUCAGACGCAGCCAAUUACAGCCCCAGCAGACGGGCACGUUAUGAGCGAGGCAUUCUACUACCUAAGUCCACUGCCAAACAGGAUAUGGAAUGUUGCGCGAAUGAGCCAAUGUCGAAGGCGGUACUAAACGAGAGUGCAUAUGUCGCUGACAUAAACAAGGUUCAUCAAGUCGGGCCUGGGGAUCAAGGUAGUGUUGCAAGGUUUCGUCCUUACGUAGCAAGCGUGGCGUCCGACUCGUACAAUGUGCGAAACAGAGACGACCCGGCGCGGCCGCCUCAUCAGGCACGUGGUCGUGCACUUGGGUCACACCAAGGCCUGAGUACCCCAGUUCAGAGUCAUCCAGCGAUCAGAAGUGUAAAUCCCGACACCGUAUUUGACAAGAAAAGAUCCUCGGCGGAUCUAAGCAGGGCCGAUUCGUUGCGUUCAGAGACGAUGAGCCGGCCUGAUACUGGCCGACUAAACCCUGCAGAGGGAUACAAGUGGAUGUCACAGAAGGAGCGUUCGACAACCGGAGGCAGCAACCAGACUAGCACCACUGACGGGCAUGUAUUGAGAGAGCCACCCCAAAACGGCGUGUCUCAGGACAGCGCGGGCAAUCUUGCGCGAUAUUCAGGGAAUCCUGGUGUGAGCGUGGCGCCGAACCCAGAUAGUGGUUUGCGUACUAUAGGUUCUCAAGAAAACGCUGUAAUUCUCAAGCGCUCUUCCGGAUUCGUCAACGACGGUUCUGUUACAGGUCGCGAGGACAAUUUGAUGUACGAUGGGUCGAGGAGUACCAACGCCCGUACAUCAGUUAUGACUUGUAUGUGGCCUAAUUGCCAGCUUCAGUUUCACUCCGAGCUGGCUUUGCGGGAACACAUCGACCUGCACAAACAAAUGGCUGUACAUGCAAGUGCUAAUACAAUUAAUGGCGACAAUGCUGGGCAAGUGAGGGGUAGGGGUAGGCCUCGGCGCAAUUCCCUUUCGCAACCAGUUCAGCCUGGGGGCGGUGGUGCGCGACUGUAUAUGGAAGCACCACCAAGUUACGCUUUGAAGCCAAGAAACAGCGAUUUGCCGGGGCCUAAUGAGACCGAGCUUACUACAAUUGUGAGCGCCGGCAUGUCUGGGUUGGCAGUCCCUGUUCGAUCCACUGAGUUGACGGUAGGUGCGAGUGACUCGGCAUCGUCAGGCGUACAGAGCGCGACAGUCGCCACAGCCACGAAAAAGACAUUUGCCUGCUCCUGGACUGACUGUGAUAAAGGGUUCACCUACCGGAGUGAUCUUACGAAGCACAUGCGGAGGCACACUGGGGAAACGCCGUAUAACUGCACGUGGGAGGGUUGUGGCAAGCGCUUCACAACAUCUAGCCGCUUAACCGCGCAUGUGCGUACACACACUGGCGAAAAGCCAUAUCACUGCACUUGGCAAGGAUGUGGCAAGCGGUUCACCGAGAGUGGACAUUUGAAGCGACACACUCGGACGCACACAAGGGAAUGCCCCUACCCUUGUCGCUGGGAAAAUUGCGGCAAAAAGUUCAUAACAUCCACAGGUCUGGUUGCGCACAUGCGCACCCAUAAUGGGGUCCACCCAUUUGCUUGCACGUGGACAAAUUGCGGUCGGCUAUUUACCACAAAAGCCGGCUUAGAUUAUCAUACACGCACGCACACUGGGCACAAACCCUAUGCGUGCACGUGGGAAAAUUGCGAGAAGAAGUUCACAAGCAGAGGGGGCCUGAUGUAUCACACGAAGGUACAUCAGAAGAGUAUUUUCAACAAUUAGUUAUUGCAGCUUUGCUUGUAGUACAUUGAUUGGAAUCGGCUAGCCGUCACUGGCGAUGAUAAGCCUGCUCCCCAGAAAGAUCCGGAAUGUUUCCGGUCUUCAUUCAUUUGCACUCUAUUACCGAGAGUGCAGGAAGAGUUCGUGAUUCACUGCUUUCAGAAUUGUAAUUGUUUGUUGAUCUCGUUUGAGGCUACAACAAUAGCAUAUACUAAUAUAAAGAGUAGGAUCAUUUCAUUCAUUUAGUUUCUCACAUUUAGGUACGCUAUUCUUUCAUACUGUGGUCACAAGAUGUAAUCGCCUGCAGUUUGUUAAUCUAUUUCGGUGUAUAACCUGACCGCAUGUGGGAAAAGUAGUGUUGGCCCUCAAACACUAUAUUUUUAUGCCAGACUCGUUCAAUUUACAGUUCACUCUAAAGUUGGUUUGGGAGAAUUUGGUAAUUCUACAGGCGUGGAGGCGAAUUUAACGUUUCAUAUACUGAACUCAAGGUUGAGCAGACGAGUCUGACAAGAAUCGGACAUGACUAUCGCCACAGAACGAACGGGAAAUUCCACCAGAGGCCAGGCUCUACAGUUGGUUUCUUCACAAAUACACUCAGCUAUAAUUAUCCAAAUUUCUCCGCUGGCUGAAUCAUAGUUUGAAUUUACAUUGAGGUAAAUACUGAAAAUUGGGAUACAUUUCAUUCUGUGUUUCCUGGACUGUAUCAGCGACGGUAAACACGAAAUUUACAGCACAAGCUAAGCAAGGGUCAAGUAGCGCCUCUAAGCAUCUGAACACCAAUAAUAAUUAAGGUGCAACGACCAGACAGAUUGUUCAGCUUUAUAACGCUGUACCAUGAGAUUAAAAGUUUCAUCUGUGCAUUUUUCGAAAUAGCGCGACUACCA